GAGGAGCAGCCAGCAGUGAGGAAUCCUAGAAGCCCCUCCAGAGGAGGCCCCUCCACCCCCGCCACGGAGCCCCCAGGCAAGCAGCCCCUGCGGGAGCUUCCCCCAGAAGAUCCCCCUGAGGACUCGGGUGCCGAGGCAGCUCCCAGCAGGCAUGUCCUCUACGUGGGCCACCUGAACCAUCAGCUCUCCGUGCCGGUCCUCACCUGCCUGCUGAGAGACGCCCUGGAGCGGCUCGAGCUGCCUGUGGCGCGAGAGCACAUCGAGGUCGUGCGGCAGCCACGCCAGGCCUACGCGCUGGUGCAGGUGGCCACCCCCAAGGACACCCUGGCCUCCCUGGCCCGGCGCCUGCACACGGCCUGGGGGCAGCACCAGAUCAUCAAGGAACUGGUGGCCCGCGGGAAGGAGCUGGUGCUGGGUGAUGACCGGGAGCCUUCAAACCGCCGAGAGCAGGAGGAGGACUGUGGCCCCAGCCCCGGCCCGGUUCUGGGCUCCAGCCCUCAGCGAGCCAGGCCGGCCCAAGCCCUUCCUACCCGGGCACUGGGCCCGCAACGAGUCUCCCCCAGCAGGCCCAGCGGCACGCGCUCAGACAGCGCCAUCACGCACCAAGGCAUCCUGGGCCAGGAGCGCCUGUUCCAGGGCGCCUUCCUGGGCAACGAGACGCGCAACCUGGAGUUCAAGCGCGGCGGCGGCGAGUACCUGAGCCAGGCCUUCAAGCACCAUCUGCGGCGCUACGUGUGCGCCUUCCUCAACAGUGAGGGCGGCAGCCUGCUGGUGGGCGUGGAGGACAGCGGCCUGGUGCAGGGCAUCCGCUGCAGCCACCGCGACGAGGACCGCGUGCGCCUGCUGGUGGACUCCGUCCUGCAGGGCUUCAAGCCCCAGGUCUUCCCUGACGCCUACAAGCUCACCUUCAUCCCUGUGGUCAGCGCCUCCACCACGGGCACCCCCCUCAAGGUGAUCCGCCUGAGCGUGCAGGCCCCCAAGGCCCAGGCCGAGCCGCAGCUCUACGAGACCGACCAGGGGGACGUGUUCCUGCGGCGGGACGGGAGCAUCCAGGGCCCGCUGUCCGUCCGCGCCAUCCAGGAGUGGUGCAGGCAGAAGUGGAUGGCCGAGCUGAGCAAGCUGGAGGACAGGCUGCAGGUGCUGACGGCCGAGAAGGAACAGCUCCAGCAGCAACUGCGGCAGCAGCAGCACAGGCCUGUCUCCUGCACCUGCUGUGUCUUGUGAGGGCCCAGCACCCCACCUGGAACAUGCAGGGCUUUCCUGCUUGACCCCAGGUCCCCCCAGUAAAACCAGUCUGGGCUGCUCAGAGGUGGACGGGAACACUGCACUUUCUGGCUCCUACGACACCGUGCACACAGGCUGGUCCCCACAUGUCAGUCCUGAGCAGACCCUGGGCUGUGUAGCUAAGAAACUGCUCUUAGAAUGUGCCCUCCCCCCAAAUCCCACCCCAAGGGGCCUUACUUUCAGAAAGAACUGGGCCAGCGCACUCCCUGGGCUGGGCUGGCAGGGACUGUCCUUCUCCCUGAAAGGCUCAGGUAGCCCUGGCUGGGAUCUCUGAACUCCCAAUGGCUAGGCAGGGCCAGAAAAGGAUUUGUCUUGGGAAAGCCCCCCUGCAGAUGGUGGCACAUGGCUAACUGCAGUUACAGAGCCGAGAGACCACCCUGCAGCCCCUCCCCUGGUUGCUGGAAUUUGGGACUAAAAGCUCUUUAAUUACAUGCACCCAGGCCAGAAUGAUUCUUUCUAGAACAUUUGGCUGGUUGGAUGCAACUUGGUCAUGAGUCCCAUGCCCAGCCCACCUCUGUCCAAGAGACUGAGCCAGCCCUGGGCUCCUCCCCACACAGAGCUGUGAGGAAAGGAGUCUGGAUGGUUGGGGUCCAGUCCAUCUCAGCUUGAAG